AUGGCGCGUCACGUUAGAAAAGUUUCGAGUCUUUGCAGGUUUUGCUUGAACGAGGACGAGGAGCAGUUGGUUCCGAUAUCAAUAGUAACAGACGUUACGUUUACCAUCCGAGAUAUAGAACACUUCAGCGGCGUAUGGGGUUUGGAGGACGAAAACGAAACAUACAUGAUAUGCAAUAUAUCGGUGGAAUAUGUCGAGAGUACGGGGGACGGUUACGAUGAAACUAAUUACAUUGUGUAUGAACUAAAUGAGUGUUCGUCCGUGCUAUCGGAUUCCGCUGAGGAUACUUCUCAGCCUCGAAAAUCUAAAAUUCUGUCGAUAAAUAUUGAGGAACAUGAUGCGUUCAAUUUUACCGCAAAUCACAUUGAAUUGGGCGAACCAUUCUCUACUGAUGAUGAACGAAGUGUGUCGUUUGAGAAGCCAUAUGAAAUUUCACACUCAAAGAUCGAUGCACUCCUGCCCGCACUGUCCAGUUAA